UGAGGCAAUCCAAACAGACUGUUACACGGUGAUUUGCCACAAGAGUUUGGAAAUGUAUCAUCUUUGAUUGUUGUUCAUCUAUCUUAUAACAAUUUCACUGGCCAUUUACCGCCUCAAGUGUGCAAAGGUGGGAAGCUUGUCAAUUUCACUGCAGCCUAUAAUGGUCUCUCUGGUUCAAUUCCACCAAGUUUGAGAAACUGUUCAUCAUUAUACAGAGUUCAACUUCAAAAUAAUCAGUUGACAGGUUAUGCAGAUCAGGAUUUUGGUGCUCAUCCUAAUCUCACUUAUGUUGACAUCAGCUUCAACAGAGUGCAGGGUAAUCUCUCUGCAAAUUGGGGUGCCUGCCCAAGCUUAGAAGCUCUGAUCAUGGCUGGAAAUUCAAUUGGUGGAAAUAUUCCUGCUGAGAUAUUUCAGUUGAAAAAGUUGCAAAAGCUUGACCUAUCAUCAAACCAAAUAUCUGGUGAGAUUCCACCACAAAUCAGAAAUGCCUCCAUGUUAUACCUUCUGAAGUUAAACAGAAACAAUAUUUCAGGUUUGAUGCCUACAAGCUUUGGAAGUCUAUCUAAUUUAGAGUCAUUAGACCUGUCAAUGAACAGGCUAAGCGGAUCCAUUCCUUAUCACAUAGGGAAUUGCUACAAGCUUGUCAAUUUAAAUUUGAGUCAUAAUGACUUCAAUGGCACUAUCCCAUAUCAAAUUGGGAAUCUUGACUCCUUGGAAGAUUUCUUGGACUUGAGUUUUAAUUCACUUUCUGGAGAAAUCCCUGUGGACCUUAUUAAGCUUGACAACUUGAUAAGUCUGAAUCUGUCUCAUAACAAUCUAUCAGGUUUUAUCCCUGAUUCCCUUAGUACAAUGUUGAGCUUGUCAAGCAUCAACCUCUCUUACAACAAUUUGGAGGGUCCUGCCCCAAAUAGUGGCAUAUUUAAUUCUUCUUAUCCAUUAGAUUUGAGUAAUAACAAAGAUUUAUGUGGGAGAAUCCAAGGUUUGAGACCUUGCAAUGUUUCAAUAUCACACAUGGGAAGCACCAAAGAGAAAGUUGUGAUAUCUAUUCUUGCUUCUUUAGCAGGUGCACUACUUGUUACAUUGGUGUUAGUUGGGAUUUUUUUUAUUUGUUCAAAGGAAAACUCAAGAGUUUUAGAACAGAAUUCAGGAACCAAGAAAGAAAGUCCAUUUUCAGUCUGUCAAUUUGAUGGGAAAGAUCUGUAUAAAGACAUUAUUGAAGCAACAGAGAACUUUGAUGGCAAGUAUUGUGUUGGGGAAGGAUCUUCUGGAAAAGUUUACAAAAUGGUCAUGCAAGGAGGUGAACAAUUUGCUGUAAAGAAGUUUAGAUGUGAAGAAGAUGACAUAGACAUGGAAAGUUUAAAAUCCUUCAAGAGUGAAAUCAAAGCCAUGACAGAAAUCCGCCAUCGAAACAUUGUGAAGCUCUAUGGAUUUUGCUCACAAGGAUCACACACUUUUGCUGUUUAUGAGUACAUGGAAGGAGGGACUUUAGCUGAUUUUCUGAAAAAUGACACAAAGGCAUUAGAGUUAGAUUGGCCUAAAAGGGUGGAUGUUGUCAAAGGUGUAGCACAAGCUUUAUCUUAUAUGCAUCAUGAUUGUGAUCCACCAAUUAUUCAUAGAGACAUAUCAAGCAAUAAUAUAUUAUUGUCCGCAAAUCUUGAAGCCCAUGUCUCAGACUUUGGCACAGCAAGAUUCCUGAAGGCUAGCUCAUCAUCAAUUUGGACAACAUUUGCUGGCACACGUGGGUAUGCUGCUCCAGAACUAGCAUAUACAAUGGCAGUAUCUGAGAAAUGUGAUGUGUUUAGCUUUGGUGUAUUGGCUUUUGAGAUUAUCAUGGGAAAGCAUCCCGGUGAUUUAAUUUCCCACAUACAAUCCGUUGAUGCUCAAAGCAUAAACUUCAAUGAGAUUCUAGAUCCUCGUCUGUCACCUCCUACAAAGCAGAAAAGGCUGAAGGAAGUGACUUUGAUUGCAGAUCUUGCUCUUUCAUGUUUACAGACAAACCCUUCAUCUCGACCAACCAUGCAAAGCAUCGCUCAGAUGAUUUAAAUGGAUGGUGCUCAUAAUUGAAGUUUGUUAACUUGUUCAUAAUAAUUAUUGUUGUGUCAAUGUAUCUGCUAUUGCAGCAGCCAAGAUUUUUGGUUAAUGUUUAGUCUCUGUACCU